UCUCUCUCUCUUUUAUUUUUCCCUUUCCCAAAAAAAAAUUCCUGUAAAAAACUUUACUCUUCCUCCUUGGUUUGAUUUUCACCAAACUUUUCUUUUUCUCCUCGCCGAUCACGAAUUCCGGUUAGCAUUCUCAGGUGAAAAUUCCAUAACUCUAUGAUCGCUGUUUUCUUUUUCAGGUGAAAAUUCCGGUUAGAUGAUUAUUGAUGUUGAUGAUUCUGUGACCUCUUGGUUUUGACUAAUUGAAUUUCUGUUUGUUCAUUUGGAGUUUUAGUUGGUGGUCGUUUUUGUUUGAUUUAGGAUGGACUCUUUAAUUUUAAUGUUGAAAUUUACCUUCAUAGAAAAAAAAAACCAGAAACAAAGAAAAACUGUUGGAGAAUUAGAAGAAAAUGAAAGGAUACAAAAGCGUAGAAAACUUAGGAUUUUUUGUCUUAUUUUUGUUAUGCACAGAGUGAAUUGGUGUUGUUUUUGGUUUCUGUUUCUCUUCUCUUGUUUGUUUACCGUGUACCGAUUAAGUAUAAAUUAUAUUGAAGAAGGCUAACCGAACAGUUGUCUAUGGGAUUCAUCUAUGUUGUAAUUUGUUGUGCCCCUUUCAUGCCAAAUUUUCUAUUGCUACCAGCUAAUGCAAAAAGUAAGUUAAAAGAGUAUGAAGGUGAGUGGUUUCGAAUUUUGUGCUGUUUUUUUUUCCUUUUCCCUUGAUUCUAAUAUAUGACAGGAUACAUAUGUAACUGCAUUUCUUAGUGAGGUUUAUAACGGUCUCGCGGUUGAGAGUGCAAGUGGUAAAUAGGAGUAGCAUUUCAAUUGUUUCAUAGUCCUUGGUGUGACUUGCUGGAUAUUUGACUAAGGAUGUGCAAUCAUGUUGAGAGCGCCACUGAUUGGUGUCUAUUGGAUUUAGUCUUUGGGGUACAUGCAUGAGGGUCUGGUGUUAGCAUUCUCAUGAAUAGCCGCAACUGGUUUUUCUAGCGCUUAUUAGCAUCCUGGGGAACUGAAGGAAGGGUUGUCUCCUCGCAUCAACAUUCAUUCUGUUUGAACAUCUGGUGUAUCAGUGAUAGGUCAGCAUUUGUUUCCGAAGAGGACUACAGAGGUGGAUUGUUUUAUUUGUUCUUCAUACGCGAGCACUGAUACCAUAUUCAACGGACAGCUUACAUUAUUAUGGCGCAUCAGCACAUGUUCAAUCCACCAGAAAUGUUUGAGAUGGCUAAUGACCAAAAUCCGAAUCUCAAUCUGAAUCAGAAUUCCGUACAUGUGCAGCAGCCUUUUGCGCCUUUUGGAAGAGGUGGUGGUGCCUGGGAGAAUGGUUCUGUUGUUUCUCCUGUGCCAAUAAUGUCUGGUGAGGCAGUAAAUUCUGUACCUCACUGGACAGCAGCACCAAGGUCAAACGAGUAUUCCGCAUCAAGUACUAGCAUGGGUGUACCACGUUAUGAAGCGGUUACAUCGGGCCCAUUUUAUGAUCCCUACCCUCGACCAUCAGCUGCCACAAACUUCCAUCCAGUUCCACAAUAUUAUGCUGGUCAGCCAUCAUCUUCUAAUUCUCAGGGACACUCGAUUAAUGGACUUGCAAAUGGCAUUGUUGAUCCUGUAAUGGGCAGUGGAAGAGGGCCAUUUAAAAGAAAAAUCCCAGUAAUACCUGAUGUUUCUGAGAGAGGCGAUACCAGCAGGUAUUACAACCCUGGAGCUGGAAGUUAUUCUGAUUAUCCUAUUUAUUCUACUAUACAACCAGAGAAGCCUAUUGUACAUCCUCAGCAUAGGCCUUGGAACACAACUGGUACAUACCCCACUUACAGCGGGUGCAGUCUCUCAAUUGCUGAUGGUUCUGACAGAAAUGUGAGAAGCAGACCUUCUGGGAAUAUAGAACCAAACAUAGUCCCUGCAGUUUCUUCAAGCAACUCGUCACUUCAUGUCCCUUCAGCAGGCAGUUUGGUAGACCAUUCAGUUAGAGUGGAUAUUCCUAACCUUAAUGUUGGCCCUGCACAUUCAGAAUGGAACCAUGUGCACACACCUUUUGCAGCUCAUGGAAGAGUUACAUCGUCAGGUACAAAUUCCUUGAAUCAAGGACCAAAUCAGUUCCCAGUGGGGGGCUCUGACUAUAAUCCAGUUGGGUUUGACCGUUACCACCACAAUACUUCUGUCAGAUACCCUGUUUUUCCUCCUCACAAUAUCCAGGGUGCCACUCAAGCUGUUAGGGGAGGAGGUUACAGUAGCUUUCCUCAAAGAGCUGUUCCGCCAAACGGGAUUAUGCCAAGCCAACCGAACUUGGGGUACUGGCCAGCCUCAUCUGUUGAGGGUUUGAAUCCAGUGCCAGAAUCUCAUUCUUCAAGAUAUUCGAGGACAUCUUCUGCCAUGGGAUAUCAUAACGGUGAUAGGAGUGGGCGGUCGAGGUCAUCUUAUGAUAGGUUGCGCUCACUGCCUCACGAUGCGUAUUCCCAUGAUAGGCGUAUUGCUGAGAGUUAUUCGGCAGUUGAUCGUGCGACAGCAUAUGGAUCUCGGAACUUGUUUGAUCAACAUGGAGACAUGAGGCUAGAUGUAGACAGCAUGAGUUAUGAGGAACUACUUGCUUUAGGGGAACGAAUUGGUAAUGUCAGCACUGGCUUGUCGGAAGAUCUUAUUUUGAAGUGUUUAACCAUGACAGUAAUUACGAAUACGGACAUAAUCCCAGAGGAACAUCGCUGUGUUAUCUGCCUGGAUGAGUACAGAAAAGAGGAGGAAAUCGGGAGGUUGAGAAACUGCGGGCAUGACUACCAUGUAGGGUGCAUAAAGAGAUGGUUGUCAAUGAAGAAUGCUUGUCCAAUAUGCAAAGCUCCUGUCUUGGCAGAUAAUUAGCCAGCAUACGUAUUAGCUCCAACACAGCAUGAUCAGUUGUAAAUUCAUUUUGAAACACCUUCCGAACAAACUCCUCCUGAACCACGUAAAAAAAAAAAAAAAAAAA